AGACAGCGAUAGAUAGAGAGCUUUACCACGCCAAGUGUCCACCGAAUGUCUGCCUCUUCACGUUGCCAAUGAACAAACCUCGCAUUCCUAUGUCUGCCAGUUGACAUACUGAACACGAAGGACCAGGCUUCCACCUCUGCAAGGAUUCAGGACUCCUUUAGCGGGUUGCGCGGUUUUUCUUUUCAGGAGCACCUGACAUUUCCUGUGGCAGAUUUACUCACUGGAUCAUGGCACAGACCAACAGUGGUGGGCAGGGGACCAACGGGGUAGCGGAUGAGUCCCCCAAUAUGAUAGUGUACAGAAAGAUGGAGGAAGUAAUAGCACGCAUGCAGGAUGACAAAAAUGGCAUUCCCAUCCGAACAGUGAAAAGUUUUCUAACCAAGAUCCCCAGUGUUUUUUCAGGUUCUGAAAUUGUACAGUGGAUGAUCAAGAAUCUGGACAUCGAAGAUCAAGUGGAGGCUCUUCACCUAGGAACUCUGAUGGCUGCACAUGGUUACUUCUUCCCCAUCUCAGACCACGUCCUCACUCUCAAAGAUGAUGGUACUUUCUAUAGGUUUCAGACUCCAUACUUUUGGCCAUCAAACUGCUGGGAACCAGAAAACACAGACUAUGCUGUUUACCUCUGCAAAAGAACAAUGCAAAAUAAAGCACGUCUGGAGCUUGCAGACUAUGAAGCGGAGAGCUUAGCAAGGCUACAGAGAGCUUUCGCCAGGAAAUGGGAGUUCAUUUUUAUGCAAGCAGAAGCACAAGCGAAAGUGGAUAAGAAAAGAGACAAAAUUGAGAGGAAAAUUCUCGACAGUCAGGAAAGAGCAUUCUGGGACGUGCACAGACCAGUGCCAGGAUGUGUGAAUACAACAGAAGUUGACAUAAAGAAGUCAUCCAGAAUGAAAAAUCCCCACAAAACCAGAAAGUCUGUGUAUGGGCUGCAGAAUGAUAUCCGUACCCACAGCCCAACCCACACCCCCGCCCCAGAGGCCAAGCAGCCUACAGAAGAAGAACUGCAGGAACAGAUCACAUUUUGGCAAUUACAAUUAGACAGGCAUCGACUGAAAAUGUCCAAAGUGGCGGAGAGUUUGCUGGCCUACACAGAGCAGUACGUCGAAUACGACCCCUUCCUCACGCCUUCAGAUCCAUCCAAUCCAUGGAUCUCAGAUGAUGCCACACUUUGGGAGCUUGAAGCCAGUAAGGAGCCAGGCCAGCAGAGGGUAAAGAGGUGGGCUUUCGGCAUCGAUGAGGUUCUCAAAGAUCCAGUGGGGAGAGAGCAGUUCCUCAAGUUCCUGGAGUCUGAGUUCAGCUCAGAGAAUCUCAGGUUCUGGCUAGCGGUCCAGGAACUAAAGAAACGUCCCAUCAGAGAAGUUCCAACCCGGGUUCAAGAGAUCUGGCAGGAGUUUCUGGCCCCCGGAGCACCCAGUGCCAUCAACGUGGACUCCAAGAGCUACGACAAAACCACCCAGAAUGUCAAAGAUCCUGGACGCUACGCUUUUGAGGAUGCACAGGAACACAUCUACAAAUUGAUGAAGAGUGAUUCUUACAGCCGUUUUAUCCGCUCCAGUGCCUACCAGGAGUUAUUACAGGCCAAGAAGAAGAAAAGUAAGAACUUGUUCUGAAGGCUCUCGCUUCCAGCGCAAGGGAAAGCACUAGGACCCAAGAGGCUGACCAGUCGUGUGCCAUCAUGCUAAAAUCAAUGCCAUC